CCGAAGCUUUGGUCCCUGUUCGGAGUCUGUGUUGAAACCCACGCCUCUCAUUUCUGAAACAGAGAGCAAAUAAGCCGUACAGGCCACUAUUCCCAAUCGUCGCAAUGAAGCUAAUUAGGGUUUUCCUUCUCGCUCUUCUCCUCAUCGCUUCCCCUUUCCUUCAAGUUGCUAGGGGUAAUUCGGAUUCGGAUUCGGAUGUGGAAGUUCCUGAGGCCGUAGAAGAAAGCAGUGAUCUUGGGAUCGUUGGUGAGGAUAUACAGGACUUUGGUGAUGGAAAUUUUAGCCCAGCUCCAGGAGUUGAGACUGUCUCUGUUUUCCCAAAGAAUAGCGCGCGAUUGAUUACAGCCGGAGAAGAGACUGAGCUACUUGUCGGAGUGAAAAAUGAUGGGGAUUCAAGCGUGAACGUCAUCGCGAUUAAGGCUAGUGUUCAUCUGCCUUUUGACCAUAAAAUGUUGGUUCAAAAUCUGACUGCACAGGGCUUUAACAAUGCAUCAGUACCAGUUUCAGCUCAGGCUACUUUCCCAUACAUAUUUGCUGUGAGCAAGUACUUGCAGCCUGGAACUUUUGAUCUUGUUGGUACCAUUAUCUAUGAGAUAGACCAGCAACCCUAUCAGAGCACCUUCUACAAUGGUACUAUUGAAGUUGUCGAGGCCGGUGUAUUCCUCAGCAUUGAGUCUGUUUUCCUUGCUACCCUUGGAAUUGCUAGUAUUGUUCUCCUUGUGUUGUACAUUCAUGGUCAAAUAAAAAAUCUUUCCAAGAAAACCAAGAGAGCUCCCAAGGUGGAAGUGGGGACCAGGUCCAUCGAUGCCUCGAUGGAUGAAUGGCUUCAGGGAACCGCAUAUACUCAGUCACUUUCUAGCAAGUCGAAGAAGAAGAAGUAGAUAACAGUUGUCAUAGUUCUGCUACGGAAGCGAAUACAUUGAGCUUCAAACUCUUGUAUGACUUGCGUUAGGGGUUUGGAGAUAUAAGAGAGCGGUGAAGGUUGAACUAGUUUUGACAACUAGACUAGAAAUUUUACCUUGCUGUUGUAGUUUAUGGGAAAGAUUUUACAUUUUCAAUAUCUUGGAUUUGGCUUGAGCCUUUUUGAAAGUCAACUAACGGAGAGUUAAGUUAAUGAGGAUACCAUUUUUUCUACAACUUAAAUUUAUAUUGCAUUAUCCUUUUUCUUA